AUGAUAGCAACUCGUAAUCAUCCACUUCUUCAACGUGUUAUUUUAAAUCUUGAAUUAUAUAAUAGAAAUUUUCUUUUACCACAUGCAACUAUUGUUAUAUCAGCUGGACCUAUGUGUAUUUCAAUACAAAUACAAUUAAAUCGUUCAUUAUGGAAUUCAAUAUUAGUUCUUGAUGGAAAAGAAAAUAUGAUUGGAGGAAAAACUAAUACACCUAUAUUUAGACAUUUAGGAAGUGGAUCUUGGCAUAAAGCUGAUGAUAUGAUUUUUAAAAAUAUUCCAAUGAAUAUUCAACGUCAAAGUCAAACAUUUUCAAUUUCAGUUAUUGUUUUUAUUAUUUUUAUUUUUCUCUUUUUUAUUGGAAGAAACAAAAAUUCUAUUAAGGUAAAUUUUAUUAUUUAUUUUAUUUACAAACAACUUUUUAUUUUUACACGAUCAAAUUUAUCAAAUAGAAUUUUUUAACUAUUUAAAUACUUUUUUUUUUAAAAAGAAAUAGAAAAAAAAAAACAAAAUAAUAAAUCCAUUAGAAUUUUAAAGAUUUAUAUCAAUCGAAAUUAUGAAAUAAAACGAGAAUUAUCCAUUUAAAAACAUUCGUUUACUAAUCAACAAAUUUCUUCGAACUGAUUAAUUCACUUUCAAUUUGAAAUUAAUCAUCAUUAUUCAGAUAAAAAAUUAUAUAAAAUCACCUUUGAAUAUCUCAAAUAGAGUUAUUAUUAUGUCCUUAAUUUACUACUAAGAAUAUAUUAGAAUUAUAUAAAAUAAUAUUUACUUUAAACUUUGUAUAAAAUAUUAUUUUAACGAUAAUAGUUUAACAUCUUUUAAUUAACUUCUAUAAUAAAAAUAUUUGUUAAUAUAUAUCAUAUAAAUAAUAUUUUAUUAUUUAUAGUUAUAGAAAUAUUAUAGUUAGAUAUUAUAGAAAUAUUGAUAACAUAUUAAUAUAUUCAUAAUAAAAUAUUAUUCUUAUAAGAUUUGUCUCUAUCUAUUCAAUUUAAAGUUAAAAUUCAUAAAUCAUUUUUUUCUAAAGAUCAUUAUUUAUAGAUAAAUAAACAAAAAAACAAAAAUUAUUAUCAGUCUAUUAUAAUCUCAUUUGAAUAUAUAUAACCAAUAUUUAUAUUAUAUUUAAUAUAAAUAGUUUUUCUUUCAUUUUUUAAUUCUAUUAUAAUUGAAGAGUUUUUUUCCUUUCUAAGAAUAUCAAUUUUUAAGUUUUAAACAAAUAAUAUCAUUUCUCCGUAUUUCAUCUUUGAUUGAUAAUAAAAGACAAUUUUAUCUUUUUAUUAAUCAAUAUUGUUUUCCUAUCAAAUUUUAAAUUCAAUAAGAAAUAUUCUUAGAAACAAAACAAAAAAAAUCAAAAAUUUGUUGAUUAUAUUACAAUAACAUUAUCGAUCAGAUAUUGUUUAUCAAUCAAUAAUUUAAAUCUUUUUUGACAAAAUAAUUUAUUUCUUACAGUGAGGGCCCAAAAAAGCAUGCACUUUUUUAUUUUUAUACAUAAACGAAUAAUAAGGAUGUUCUAAAAAUUUUCUCUUAUAUCUAAUUUUGUAGAGUUUUUUUCGCUGAUUAUUUUUAUAAAAGAAACUUUUUGAU